AUACACAUAGAUGCCAGAUUAUAUAAUAUAUCGCAAUAUACAAUGCAACACUUGUAAACAUAGUGUCAUAAUGCCGAAUACAAAUAAGCGGCAGAAGGUGGACGCCAGCGUUGCUAACGCUGGCGUUAGUCCAACAGCGGAGGAUGAUACUACUCAACCGUUUGAUUUUAGUAGUAUAUGCGAGCGCAUCGAUGUGGUUGCUACACCUUCGGUACCGCCAACUAUGGCUGUAACCGCGCCGGCAUAUGAUGAUGUGAUCAUGUCUUCCGUCGAUGCAAUGCACUCUAACUCCCAGGCGUCAAAUAAGAAAGAGCUUGUUAAAAGCUCUGUGACGAGGUGUACCAUUGAAGGGGUACAGUUUGAUGUAAUGGGCAGUGAAGUGAUAUCGCGUAUCUCUGAAUUGCAAAUUAUGAAGCGUGAGCUAUAUGACAACAGUAACAACGAGCCUCUACCCCUGGGAGUCCUGGACUUGAAAUUAGGAUCGAAUAGAGGUGGUAGUUUAUGCCAUACGUGUGGUAAAGACCUAAAGCAGUGCGUAGGUCAUUGGGGCCACAUCCAGCUGCAGAUGCCUGUAUUCCACAUUGGUUUCUUUAAAUACACCAUUCAGAUACUAUACUGUAUAUGUAAGCGCUGUGCCUUCCUUCUACUACCUGAGAAUACGGUCAAAAGGUUCCUAGAGGCACAUCGUCGUCGAAUGGAUGACCCUCUACUCCGACCGUUACUCUUCAAGCAGAUUAUGCAGGAGUGUCGGAAAAUCACUAAAUGCCCUCGAUGUGAAGCGCGUCAGGGUGUGAUUCGGCGCAUAGUUAAGCCUGUGAUGGACCAAUUCAUGAAAUUGCGCCACGUUAUAAAGUACAAGGAAGGUGGCAAGUUGCAUAGCAUUGAGGAAGACUUGAAUCCUCUAGUGGUUAAGCAGCUUUUCGAGUCGAUUGACCCUACUCACGCUAAGAUACUUAAUGUCGUAUCGCCAGAGAAGCUGUUAAUUAAUAACCUAGCUGUACCACCGAGUUGUAUCCGUCCAAGUGUUACCAUAGAAGGCCAAGGGACCACUGAGGAUGACCUGACUUGUAUAUUUUCGGACAUUGUCGAGCUUAACAAUGGAUGGAAGAACCAAAUACGUAAUGGGAGCCAAAUAAGCCAGUUUAUCCUAAGUUGGCAGUGUCUGCAACUUCAGUGUACAAGGCUGAUUAACGCUGAAGCUCCUGCAGUAUCGCAAUUGCUUGUAUCACGCAAUAUAUCUAAACCUGGGCGUGGCGUUUGCCAACGUCUUAAGGGUAAGGAGGGUCGUUUUCGUGGUAACCUCAGUGGGAAGCGUGUUGAUUUCUCAGCUAGAACUGUAAUUUCCCCGGAUCCUAACGUUGGUGUGGACGAGGUAGUGGUGCCUGAAUGGAUCGCCAUGAAGCUUACGUUCCCCGAGGAAGUAACUGAUUCCAAUAUAUCGAUUAUGAAGAAGGCAGUACUUAACGGAGUCUCUAUUUGGCCUGGUGCAACCUAUGUAAAGAAGCAAAACGGUGGCAAGUGCAGCUUACAAUAUGCUAACCCAAAGUACAUGAGUGACAACUUGACAGUAGGCGACGUCGUAUUACGCCACUUGUGGAAUGGUGACGUCGUGCUAUUCAACCGUCAGCCAUCGUUACAUCGCAUGAGUAUUAUGGCACACCGCGUACGGGUUAUGCCAGGGUCAACAUUCCGCUUCAACGAGUGCGUGUGCCAGCCUUACAACGCGGAUUUUGAUGGUGACGAGAUGAACUUGCACUUGCCCCAAACAUACGAGGCAAAGGCUGAGGCACUCCACCUAAUGAGUGUACUGCACAAUCUAACGACUCCGCGUAACGGUGAGCCUUUAAUAGCAGCUGUCCAGGACUUUUUAUGUGCCAGUUAUUUAUUAACUUCUAAAGACCGGUUCCUUACAAGGGCAGAGUUCUGCCAGGCAUGCUGCCACUUCACUGAUGCCGCAAGUCAAGUUGAUCUACCACCUCCGGCUAUCAUAUACCCCGUGAUGCUAUGGACUGGUAAACAGGUGUUCAAUGCCUUGCUGCGUCCAAAUAGACGUUGUAAGGUAGUGGUUAACUUUGAGUGCAAGGAACGCGAGUUCCAAGAUCCACCGGUUGGCAAGAAUGCAUGUAUGUGCCCAAAAGAUGGAUACGUCAUAUUCCACAACUCUGAGUUGGUAUCGGGUGCCCUCGGGAAAAAAGCACUAGGUGCUUCUAAGGACGGGUUAUUCUACCAACUUCUUACACGUAACAAUAGGUACAUUGCUGCAGAGUGUAUGCUGAGGGUAUCGAAGCUAACCAGCCGAUGGCUGGCUGGAUUUGGCAUGACCAUAGGUCUAGAUGACGUGAGGCCGGGUCCCGAAUUGCUCCAUCACAAGCAGGAGUUACUAAAUGAGGGUUACGCCAAAGUCACUGCUGCCAUUAACAACUUCGAUACUUUGCAGGCACUGCCAGGCUGUACCCGCGAAGAGACUUUGGAACUACAGGUUAAGCGUGUGCUAGAUGAACUACGUAACGAAGCUGGUAAAGCAUGCAAUUCUAAUCUACGGGCUGAUAACAAGCCGUUGAUUAUGUUUAACUCUGGCGCCAAAGGAGCGCUUAUCAACAUCGCACAAAUGGUUGCCCUCGUGGGUCAGCAGAACGUUUCAGGACAACGUAUAGAAAAUGGAUUCAUAGGCCGUACACUGCCUCAUUUUGAUAUUGGCUGCAUGGAUGCCAAAAGCCGUGGUUUCGUUGCAAAUUCAUUCUUCUCUGGAUUGGGUCCUGAGGAGUUUUUCUUUCAUACCAUGUCAGGCCGUGAGGGUUUGAUUGAUACCGCUGUUAAGACUAGUGAAACGGGAUACAUGCAACGAAGACUUAUGAAGGCCCUGGAGGUACUUGCUGUGUGCUACGACCAUACAGUCCGCACAACAGAUGGGCACGUUGUACAAUUUCUCUAUGGUGAUGACGGUUUGGGUGGCGCAUCGCUUCAUAUGGACACGAAUGCCCUAGAACCAACCUUAAAGCAUAUACGCAGUAUUACACCUCACUUAUCUCAACCAGUUGAUUACAGUGGUCCAUUUGAAAUCCUCCCUGUUGAGGUACAAAAAAGCGCAAUCGAGGUAGUUCAGGAUAUCAUCCAUGAUCCUGUUUUAUUGACUCAAUUGCCUAUACAGCUGCGUAAGAAACUGGAGACCUAUAAGCACUGGGGGCAUAAUAGUGAAUCUAGAAAUCGACGUGUUGAAAGUACUAUAUGCGAUCAGUUACUCAAUAACCUAGUGGGUUUUUAUGUACUCUACAGGCAGCUGAGCCCUGAGCAGCGUAACGUUCCCUUAUUUCCAGAGGAAAUUAUACAAUGGUCUGAGUUCUUUAGCCCAUUGAUGAAGGAAGUGCUGCCAACCGCUUUACAGGACCAUUUUGAACUAUCUCAUAGUGGCUCCGAAGACGCUGGUUUAAGGCUUAAAUAUGAUUACAGCUGCUCUAUCAUAAGGACAUUACGUAAUUGGGCUUAUAGCAUGAAUCUAAACAUGAGUUACAAUGAAAUAAUGAAACAAUACUCUACCAGUGGACAGAAUACUAUUGAAUUCAGAUUGAACAUGGUCAAGUGCCAGCAUAGGCUAUCAGUUAGGCAGAUUUUCGAAUUCGUGCGUUGUUGUUGGAAGGAUUACCAACGUGCCAUUUGCGUGCCUGGUGAGGCCAUAGGCGCCUUGGGUGCACAAUCCAUAGGUGAGCCUGGUACCCAAAUGACCUUGAAAACAUUCCACUUCGCCGGGGUAGCAUCCAUGAACGUUACACUGGGUGUACCAAGGAUCAAGGAGAUCAUCAACGCCUCUAGCACUAUACAAACACCGAUUAUUGAAGUGCCCCUGAUAAACAACAAGGACUUUGAAUAUGCACUCAUGGUCAAGGCAAGGAUUGAAAAAACAACAUUGGGGCAGGUUUGCAGUGAUAUUAAGGAGAUAUUCGGCCCUACGGGCGCACAAUUGCGUGUAACACUGAACGAAAAUCUGAUAAAGAAGCUGUUGUUACAGAUUGAUGCUUUUAAGGUGCGUGAGAUCAUCUUAGAUAACAGUGUGAUGACUAAGUUUAAACUUGGAAAGCAUGCUAUCAGUGUGGUUAACAAGUACCAACUCAAUAUUGACCUUGCAACAAGCCAACAUCAGUUCUUCCAGCAGCAUGCACUGAUAGUCACAUUGCUGCAGAUAAUGGUUGCUGGAGGCAAAAGCAUUAAACGUGCUGUUAUCAAAAAGGAAACUGAUGCUGACGGGUUCCGUUAUCAAUUAGCCGUUGAAGGGUAUGGGCUCCAGGAAGUCAUUGGCGCCGCGGGCGUCAAGUCAACUGGCGUCAAGAGCAACCACGUACUGGAAGUGGCAAAGGUACUGGGAAUAGAAGCUGCUCGCAGUGUAAUAAUCAGUGAAAUACAAAAGUGCAUGGACGCCUACUCUAUAGACAUAGAUCAACGUUAUAUGAAACUUUUGGGCGACGUCAUGACAUUCCGCGGUGAGGUCAUUGGUAUUAACCGAUUUGGCAUCCAGAAGAUGCGAGCUUCUACGCUAAUGCUCGCGUCGUUCGAAGAAACAAACGAACAUCUAUUCGAAGCGGCAGUGCACAGAUUACGGGACCCGAUUAAGGGUGUCAGCGAAUGCAUCAUCAUGGGCAAGCAGGUACCACUAGGUACCGGUGCUUUCGACGUCCUUCUUGCCAACGAUUGCGUAGCAGCAUAAUACCGCACCGUUUAACAAGGACCAUAAUUC